AUGUCACACCAGAUAGGAAAAAUUGAGCAUCAUUGGAAUGAUCCAUCAUCAAAAGUUUUCGAAAAUAUUUCUGUUAUGCAAAAUAUAUCAUGCGAUACAUCAUUUGAAAAUAUACCCACAUCUGUUUUAUCUAACACAUCAUUAUGUUCUUCUGAAGUGCUUUGUAGUUAUAUAGAGCGUUUAAUGCAUAUGCCAUCAACGCAUUCUUUACACUUGCAUAAUAUGUUAAUUAGUCGUAUAAAUCUUUAUUUGAUACCUUAUUUAAAAACACUGGAUAAAAAACAAACACUAUGUCUUUUGACUGCAAUGGAAUAUCUUUUUAAAGCACGAAAUAAAGAAUUGGCUAGAAAAAAAAUUGUAGAUACCAUGAUGCAUAGUCAUGAUGGAGGAAUUGCCCGCUGGGGAAGUAGUAUACGAGCAUUAAUAGAAGGAGCUAUUUUAGAAUAG